AUGGAAAAUCCCGAGGAAAUUUCAAAGCGCAUUUCACCACAAAGUGAACGUUCAAAAGCUACAACACACAAUUCCUUAAAAGAAAAGGCCGUCGGCCUAUUAAUAAACGGAUUUGUUAAUGCUAAUGAAGAUUGGAACUCUAGACGCCUGCGGUAUAAUUUGAAAAAGUAUGGAAAGAUCAAAGUUGACAAAUUGGGAAAAUCCUGUGAUGAUUUCGCUCCACUAGACACGGUGCCUGAUCCUCCUCACAGCGAAUCCCUUCGCCGGCAGGUUAGCCUAAUGACUCAGUUAGGAACACCUGCUCCGUUUUCUCCAUUCGGUGUUGCUGCUUAUCGGAAUAAUGCUUUGCGAACUCUGAGCAAUUUAGUCAUAGAUACAACUGUUCGAAGACGUCGCAAAAAUGCGAAAUCAUGCAAUGGUACUCUUGAACUUCAAAGGAUGUCAGUCUGCGAAUCUGCGGUGUGGAAACUACCUGCCGGCAAAAUUGUUUCCUCUCCGGUUGGAAAUGAGUCUCUUGAAUGCAAUUCUGUCUGUCGAGAUUCCACUACACUUUUCGAUCGUCAUGAGGACAAAGGGGCUUCUUCAAGAUUCUACUCCACCUACAAAUGUAAAUUACUCUCAGAGCCAUCUAAAAAUAUCCCAGAAAAAUUAACUUCAAGAUCCCAAAGUUGUAUUGAAUUACAUGUCUCUUCACAUUCGAAGGCUCCAAUUGCCAGACCGGUCGAUUGUCCCAUUCAGGGACGUCGAAUAUUCUUCCCCUCUACUCCUACCUCCCAGAUCUCCAAGACCCCUGAUCAAAUUGAUGGUUUUGGGGACAUUGAAGAGGAUUUUGAAGUUAGAUUGGCUGAUGUUCCUAAAGAUAUUGCUGCUUUAGACGCGUGUAUCCUCUUACAGGUUGAGUUGGAUAAGCCGGUUGUUUCUCGUCUCUCAAUGCUUCGUCCUCCUCCUCUUAACCUUGAUUCUGUUGAAAUGGAAGAACUUGAGGGUGUUAACACGACUUUAGACAAUCAAAUUCCUGCUAUUCAGACCUCAGCAGUUGAAGCUGCUGGCACUCCUUACUUUAUCCGUUACCCCAGAGACACAUCAUCUCCCCUUUCGCCCCUCAUGCUCAGUAAACCUCAUAAUUCUCAAAGCAAUAAGGAAACAUGCAAUGGAAGGCUAGGCAGAAGGUUCAAGUUUCUAGGACAGUACUUUAAAAAAUCCAAACCGACGGAUGAAAUCUAUCGCCAAGUGGAUGACGGUAUGUUAGAUUACAGACCCUAUUUCACUUACAUGGUAUGUUUUAUUCAUGUCUUGGUUACAAUCUUCGCGUGUAUUGGCUAUGGUUUUGCACCAAUUGGAAUAAACUUGGAGCAUAUUGUGACGAAGCAGCUAAUGAUGCCUUCGCUGGAUAUCGAGAAUGUUUGUCGAGUUCAAGAUGAGAAUAUUUGGAUUGGACCCCAAAAAGCUGAUUUAGUUCGAAUGGGAGCUCGUUUUUCACCAUGUAUGCGAGUGGAUGAAACCCUAAAUAAGGUGGUUGUUGAAGCUCAAAAAAAUUGGGAUAGAAAAAGUGGAUGUUGUAUAAAUAUGAAGGAUGGAACUUGCUAUCAAGCCAGUCGCCUAUUCUGUUCUCGAAGCACAUCAACGUGGUUGCACAACUCAGAUAAUACUCCAGUACUUCUGGCUGAACCUCUAUUCGAUGGUCAAAUCUAUUUAAACUCGGAAAACACAGAACGGUUGGCGACAGCUGUGCGUCCACCACCCUUAAUCGGCCCAGUGUGCGGGUUGGAUCCGGAUUUCUGCGCAGAACCUCGUUCCACCGGACCUUUUGGUUGGUCCUCCACAGAUGUCACUGAAUGGCCAAUAUGCACCCGACCGAUCAACUCGUCGGCUUUGGCGGGAUUUGCACCGCACAUGGAAUGCGAGGUGAUAGCUCGACCCUGCUGUGUUAGUUGCUUACGCCAGAUCUGCGGAAUGAUCCCGUUCAUCUUUCCGGAUGUUCCAGACCAAUUGUCACGGAUAUUCAUUUCGCUUUUUUUACACGUUGGAAUCCUGCAUUUGGCUGUGAGUUUGUUUAUCCAACUCACCGUGAUGCGCCACCUGGAAAAGUUGUUGGGCUGUGUGCGGAUCGCGGCUAUUUUCGUGCUCUCUGGGUGCUUCUCUGGUCUCGCUUCUGGAAUCAUGUUGCCCUAUCAUGUUCACACAGGGCCGAUGGGCGCUCACUUCGCUCUAUUUGGAGUAAGUCUAAUGGACUCCCUGCAGACAAUAGACAUAUUUGUCUCUCCUUGGUCAGUAAUAAUCAAACAAGUGGUCUACCUAGUGGUCGGUUUCUUCAUUGGUUUUCUACCUUGGUUAGACAAUUGUGCCCAUAUCUCCGGUUUCAUAUCCGGCGUCCUACUAGCCUACGUAUUCGUGCCCUACCUCGGUUAUGGUAGCAAAAAUCAGCUCGCAAUCACGAGGGUUUCAACUUUGAGCGAUCAAGCCAAUGUUGGCGAUGCCGACCACGAAAUUUAUCAGCGCAAACUCCAGGAACUCUACUGUCGAAUGCGUCGCCGAAAGGUCAAGGUCAUCAUUGCCUGUCUGGUGACGUGGUGUGCUCUCUUUUUACUCCUUUUGGUGGUCUUUGUCAAGUGGCCACUAACUAGCUGUACUUGGUGCAAAUACCUCAAUUGCCUUCCUUGGACACCUACUCUGUGUGAUACUCUGGAGGUGAAUGUUCACGCUUCCACCAGAUGUAUCAACCCUCGAUCCUAA